UGUCCUCUAAGAAAUCAAACCCUCAAAAUCUUCUCUAUUUUCUCUUGUUAAUCCAAAAAUAAUGGAGCUUGAUUUGUCCCCAAAGUUGUCAAAGAAGAUCUAUGGAGGCGAAGGCGGUUCUUACCAUUCAUGGAAUCCCUCUGAACUUCCCAUGCUUAAGGAAGGUGACAUUGGAGCCGCUAUGAUUUCUCUUAACAAACAUGGUUUCGCGCUUCCUCGUUAUUCCGAUUCCUCCAAGGUUGCUUAUGUUCUUCAAGGUGAAGGAGUAGCUGGAAUUGUACUCCCUGAGAAAGAGGAGAAGGUGAUUGCAAUCAAGAAGGGAGAUGCAAUUGCUCUGCCUUUCGGGGUUGUCACAUGGUGGUACAACAAACAGGACACUGAACUUACUGUCCUGUUCUUAGGUGAAACCUCCAAGGCUCACAAGCGCGGUGAGUUCACUGAUUUUCACCUCACCGGAGCCAAUGGAAUCUUCACCGGAUUCACACCCGAGUUUGUAGGGAGAGCAUGGGACUUACCCGAGGAUGUAGUCAAGACCCUAGUCAAUAACCAACCAACUAAUGGCAUAGUCAAGCUUGAUGAGUCCCAUAAUAUGCCCGAACCAAGGAAGGAACACCGCGAUGGGAUGGUGUUGAACUGCGAGGAAGCACCUUUGGAUGUUGACAUCAAGGGUGGAGGAAGAGUUGUAGUGUUGAACACUAAGAACUUGCCUUUGGUGGGUGAGGUUGGCCUUGGGGCUGACCUUGUUAGGCUCAAUGGGAAGGCUAUGUGCUCGCCCGGGUUCUCUUGUGACUCUGCCCUUCAAGUGACCUACAUUGUUAGAGGGAGUGGCCGAGUGCAAGUCGUUGGGGUUGAUGGUAAGAGGGUGUUGGAAACCACGGUCAAGGCCGGAAAUUUGUUCAUUGUGCCUAGGUUCUUUGUGGUUUCUAAGAUUGCUGAUGAUGAAGGUUUAGAGUGGUUUUCUAUCAUUAGUACCCCAAAUCCUGUUUUUACACACUUGGCCGGGAAGACUUCGGUGUGGAAGGCAUUGUCACCACAAGUGCUAGAAGCAGCCUUUAAGGUGCCUACCGAAAUCGAGCAGCAGUUUCGAUCGAAGAGGACUUCUGAUGAGAUCUUCUUCCCCCCUCCAAAUUAAGAAGACGUAAAAUUAGUUACUUGCAAGAAAUUUAUUACGCGUAAUAAUGUUUUAGAAUAAGCGAUUUUUCGCACAAUAGAUAUUGGUUUUGAGAAUUUUAUUUCAUUUAUAUUAUGGAGAGUUAAAGAACAAUUUAUUGGUUGUGUUUUUAUGGAGUUUUAUACUUACAGUUUUUAUUAAUCUUG